CAUUUCCCCUCUCCAGGCAACCAAGCAGCACUUGCAAAUUUCAAGAGCACUUCAACAGUGUCAUAAUUUUCAGCGGUCUUAGUUUGAUCAUCACAGCAAUGGCCUCCACCAACAGCUGGACCCACGAGAUCGAGUGUGCGGUGGCUGCACCACGUCUGUUCCGCGCGGGUGUCAUGGACUGGCAUACCCUUGCCCCCAAGCUCGCUUCCCACAUCGUCGCCAGCGCCCACCCCGUCGAGGGAGAAGGCAACAUUGGCAGCGUCAGGCAGUUCAACUUCACCUCAGCCAUGCCCUUUAGCCUCAUGAAGGAGAGGCUUGAUUUCGUGGACGCGGACAAGUGCGAGUGCAAGUCGACUCUCAUCGAAGGCGGCGGCAUCGGCGUGGCAAUUGAGACGGCAACCUCACACAUCAAGAUAGAACCGUCGGCCAAUGGAGGGAGUGUGGUGAAGGUGGACUCGACGUACAAGCUGCUGCCGGGCGUGGAGGUGAAGGACGAGAUCACCAAGGCCAAAGAGUCCGUCACCGCCAUCUUCAAGGCCGCCGAGGCCUACCUCGUCGCCAAUCCGGAAGCAUACAACUAAAUCUGCCGCGCGAGGUUGACAUAUAUACACCACAUCGUUAUGGUGUCCUUAUAUAUAUAUUGUGCGCUUUCAUCUUCCCAGUCGAAAUAAAGGUGCUCCAGCCUGAUGCGGGAGCACUGAGCGGUGCGUGGAUUUGAGAGUAUGUGGCGUUUGUAACUGUUAUAGAGUGGUGUUGUUUGAUGCUAUUGCUGCUAGCUUGCUUAUCAGCUUAUGUAUGUACUAUUUCCCAACGGAUUUGCACAGGAAUAAAGAGAAGUAAUAUGAGAUUUUUUUUCAA